AUGCAAUGUUUGCGGAACGCGUUGGUCAGGGUCACACCCAGAUUCCUCACAGGGAGGAACAAUGGUGAUGGACAGGUCUCGGGGAGGAACAGUUUGUCCCAGGUUGAGCUUCAGGUGUCAUCUGUGUCCAGCACAGUGAGUCAGCAGGGCUUGCUGAGGAAGGUUCCAGUUGCAGUUUCAACUCCGGCCACUGUCCUGGCUUCCUCCUCCUCUGGACCCCAAACUAACUCAGCAGCGUUAAAACCCACUGCUCCGGAAGCAGCUUCUUCUUCAGUCACUGACAAUGAGCUAUGGUCUGAGAUGCGUCGCCACCAGAUCUUGUGGGAAGAACUGCGACAGCGCAGAAAGCACCUGGAGUCCCUGAUGGCCGAACAUCAGAGGCGUAGUGGUCUCAGUGACUCUCCUAGGCGGAUGGUAGACUCAGAAGGCCUUGCUACACCUUCACAGACUGUCAGUAGGGAUGAAAGGACAAUGGCUACCUGGGGUUCCACUCCCUGCCACCUUGAUGAUGAUGAUGAUGGAGAUGAUGAUGAUGAUGAUGAUGAUGAUGAUGAUGAUGAAUAUCAAUCCGAGAUGGGUGCAGAGGAGGAAGAGGAGCAUGAUGAAUGUGUAGAAAGCAGCUCUGAUGACGGCAUCCACAUCUACUCCUCCAGCAGGAACCAGUGCUCCAACAGCAACAGGAAGAACCAAGGAAGCAACCUGAAGCCUCCCCCAGCCUUCUCAUGUGAAACUAGUGGGAAUCCAAAUCUUCAUAACAAGACUAAGGCCAAGGAGCAACAGCAGUCCAGAAGUAUGAACCAGUCUGCGACGAGCCAGCAUGGAGCUACACGGCGACAAGAGAACCUGCGCUGGGCCUCCGAGCUCUCCUUCGCCGAGGGCUCGGGUCAGUGGCAGGAACAGAUCGGCCAGCUGCAGAGGCAGCUGGACUUCAGCACCAGCAUGUGUCACACACUCAUGCAGGACCAGCAGACACUCUCUUAUAUGUUGCAAACCCUGCUGACGGGUCAGUACAGUGCGUUACCCAACAACUUGUCAUCACCACAGGUCCACCUGGUCAUGCACCAGCUCAACCAGUGUUACACCCAGCUGGCUUGGCAGCAAAACAAUGUACAAAGGCUAAAGCAGGUCCUUAAUGACCUCCUUCGCCAGCAACAGCAGAAUCAGCAGGCUUCCUCUUCAGCAGCAGGUUGGUCGACACAGAAGCCUGGCUCAUCCCAGGAAUCCAGCUCUGGCACCUCGGCCUCCCCUGGAGUCUUCUGCCCCUUCUCCUCUACCCUGCAUCCUUCAACAAACAACAUGUCAACUGCUGCCGUAUCCCCAUUCCCUCCUGGCUUUAAUUUAUUUCCACUCUUCCCUUCUACCAUGGGCGAGUUCCCCCAGGGUGCAGCAGGUCAGGCAACCGCUGACCACCCGAAGCAGCAGUUAGACCCCAACACAUCAAUUAAAACAGAGUACAUGAGUUUCCCUCCUCCACUGCAACGCUUUCCUCUCACCACCACCACCACUACAGAUAGAGGACCGUCUGGCUGGCUUAAAACCUCCUAUGCGAACAACACCGUCCAGCAUCACCGAUCCCAAACGGAGCCCAAAGAGUCUCCCUCCUCCUCCCCCACUUUUGCCAGCCGCCACCCCAGACCACAAGAAUUUGACAGGGCAUCACAGGAAAGCUUCAGCAGCAUGCCGGAUCCUGUUGAUCCCACCACCAUCACCAAGACUUUUAAGGCCGGGCGCAAGGCCUCUGCACAAGCCAACCUGGCCUCACGAAGCAAGACGCCCAAUUCUAAGAGGAGGAGGAGGAGCAAAGGGCACAACAAGAACAGUGAAGGCCAUGAGAGUGACAGCGUUAGCAGCACUGCAGACUUUGUCCAGAAGAGGGCAGCCCUGUCCCACCAGAAGGAUCAGAAUAAGAGUCUGUUGGACAAGCUGACCCAAGAGAAACUUGACAGCAAAACUAGGCAUGGAAACAAACGCAAUGACAUCUCUUCUGCCUAUGCUUGGAGAACACCCUUCCUCUCUAACAGAAUUGCAUGCACAGAAGCACCAGAUGCAAGCAGCGAGUUCUCACUGUUCGAGGCACUAAGGGAGACCAUCUACUCUGAGGUGGCUACUUUGAUAUCCCAGAAUGAGUCGCCCCACUUUCUCAUUGAGCUCUUCCAUGAGCUGCAAUUGCUCAACACGGACUACUUACGGCAAAGGGCCCUGUAUUCCCUCCAGGAUAUAGUGACCAGACACUUGGCAGAGAAGAGUGCAGCUGGACCACUUGGUCCGGUGGUGUGGGCUGCAGGCUCUCAGUCUGAGCUCACACCCAGUGAGAGUUUGGCAACCAGUGAUGCAGAAGUGGUGGAGAAAAACUUGAGGCUCUCACAGGACACAAUGAAGAGGAGGGAUGAUGCAGAAUCUGUUGGCAAUGACAGCACCAUGUCGACCUCCUCCAACCUGGAACCGUUUGCUAACGAUGACCUGGGCAACACAGUGAUUCAUUUAGACAAAGCUCUGGCCAGGAUUAGGGAGUAUGAGCGCAUGAAGCUUAAAGCUGAGUUUAACCCCUGCAACGCCAGCUCUGCAGCUGCAGGUGACUCUGAAGUUUCUUUUGCUGAACAUCCUUCUGCUAACCCUGCUCACCCAGUGGAAGGAGGAGCAGCUGGUGAUGUGCACUGUCCUCAGAUUGACACCCAGCAGUUGGACCGUCAGAUCAAAGCCAUCAUGACAGAAGUCAUUCCUUUCCUGAAGGAGAACAUGGAUGAAGUGUGCACCCUCCAGCUGUUGACAUCUGUGCGGCGCAUGGUCCUCACUCUCGCCCAACAGAAUGAUGAAAGCAAGGAGUUUGUCCGCUUUUUCCACAGACAGCUGGGAGGCAUACUGCCGGACUCUCUUAGUAAAUUUGUGGGCCGUACUCUGAAGGACUGCUGGGAGGAUCUUCUGGUGGAGAUCUCAGAGAUCCUCUUCAACGAACUCGCCUUCUUUAGGCUCAUGCAGGAUUUGGACAACAGCAGCAGCAUUGCCUUGGCAGCCAAAAACAAAAAUAAGAAGAAGACGCAGCAACCCAGUAGAGCAAAGCCAGGUCUCAAGGAAAACACAGUAGCUGGUGGCGUUAAAUCAACUUCUCCAGCCUACACGGAUGAAGACAAGGACCAAGAUGAGGCUGAGCAGGAAGGUAACCUCCAGGAGCUCUACAUGCACACAGAGAUGAAGAACAACAGGAGCAGUGAAGCUUCAGAGGUGGAAGAGGAAGAGGAGGAUGAAGAGAAUGGACAGGGAAUCCCUCUGUCAAUCAGUCUGUCUAAAGCAGAGACUCAGGCAUUGACAAACUACGGCAGUGGAGAGGAUGAGAAUGAUGAGGAGGAAAUGGAGGAGUUUGAAGCUGGACCUGUUGAUGUCCAAACAUCCUUGCAGGCUUCUGCCGAUGGACAAGUGGAGCAGGAGGGGACGACACACAGCGAAACCUGGGCGACCAAAGCUGAACAGAGGAAUUCAGAUUUUGAUGAUGUUGAAAUCAACAAGUCAGUUGGGACAAUGGACUCCCCAGUAGAACACCCUGACAUGGCGGAGUGCCAGAGUCCUGAAGAGGAGAGUAACGUUGGGGCAGCUGCUGCAUCAGAAGGAAACUCCCAUGAAGUCUCUCAUGAUCAGGAUGUCCUCAAAGAGUCAAACACCACUAGCAGCCCUGACACAGACUCUCCAGUCAUGAUCAACGUAGAUGAGAUGGGCUCAGGUAACACCAGUCAGAAAUCUGAUGAGGAAGACUUUGUUAAGGUGGAAGAUUUGCCGUUGCAGCUUACAGUCAUGUGUGAGGAGGAACUACAGAUGAGAAUAGUGGAGGAGCAGCAGAAUAACAACCUGUCUGUAGAGAUCCUCAAUGGAAACGCUGAAUCGCUGACUGGGCUGGUGGGAAAUGCACAAGCACUGAAAGAACCAGACACUGUCGGUGCCCAGAGUGUGUAAAGAUUUAUACCAAUGUCUCAAAAUCUACUGUUUAUUAGCAACGCUAUGCUUGCACCCUCAAUCUGCUCUGGAUGUAUGAUUGUUGAUUCUUUAUCUGCUAGUUUAAAGGAGCAAAGGCUCAUAUUAUUGGUCACAUUUAGCUGUGACUUGAAACACAGAUACAACUAAACAUUGACACAUAAUCGACAUUCAUUUCUAUUCCUGAAUGUUUAAUGUGAUUGGGUAAUCUGGGGAGGUCUUUAUGCUGCUGAUUAACGACAGUUAAGCCUGUCUGAGUCUUUAUAGUCCUGAAAUCCUGGUCAGAUUUGCCUUAGUCUCCUUCUUGGUUCUGGGAUCAGUUUAACAUGAGUUGUGAUUUUAUUAUUAUUGUUUUUUUGUCUUGGCCUUAUUGUUACACAGCUCAUCUAUUCUC